GGAGGCGAAAGGCGGGAGCUUCCGUUCUUUGUUCUGUCCCCAGUGCGUGGGUCCGAGGCAGGGUCCAGCGGGGCCUGGUCCCGGCCCCAGGCAUUGGCAUUAACCGAAGUCAGAAGUGCCAGGAACUGAACAGAGUCUGCCACAUUCUACUUUGGGUCUUCUGAGGACUGACUCCAACGAAGGAAGAAAAAAGGGGUCAAGCAGUGCUUCCUCAUUCUCAGAGCCUGUUUCCUGCCAAGUCUGCACAUGAAGAGAUUAACUGAGUGCCCAGCCCGACCCAUGGAAACUCAAGCUGAUCAUGUACCUCAGGAACCUCAGGCCUUGCUGGAGAGUGCUAUUCCUUCCUCUGAAGUUCCCGCCUUUCCUGACAAGGACAGUCUUGGAGACAAAGUGUUGGCAGCUGCAUUCCUGAAGACCAAGUCUCAGGAGUUGGUGACAUUUGAGGAUGUGGCUGUGUACUUCAUCAGGAAGGAGUGGAAGCGCUUGGAGCCUGCGCAGAGGAGUCUGUACAGGGACGUGAUGCUGGAGAAUUACAGGAACGUGUUCUCACUGGAUGGUGAGUCGAGAACUGAAAACGAUGAAGGAAUUUCCGAAGCUUCAGGAUCCCAUGGAAUGCUAUUGGGAAGAUUCCAGAAGGAUAUCGCUCAGGGUCUUAAGUAUGAAGAAGCUUAUGGACAAGAACUCAGUCUCAAAAGGCAACUGGGGAACUCAACUGGUGAGAGACUGAACAGGAAAAUCCAGGAGUUUGGUCAAGUGACAGCUGAGGAGAAGCUGACCCCCACAGGGGAGAGAAGCGAGAAAUACAGUGAGUUUGGGAGCAGCCUCCUCUCACAGCAGCGACUUCCUACUGGGGACAGACCCCAUAAGUGUGAUGAAUGUAGCAAGAGCUUUAACCGAACUUCGGACCUCAUUCAGCACCAGAGGAUCCACACCGGGGAGAAGCCGUAUGAAUGUAGUGAGUGUGGCAAGGCCUUCAGCCAGAGUUCACACCUCAUCCAGCACCAGCGCAUCCACACGGGCGAGAAGCCGUACGAGUGCCAGGACUGUGGGAAGACCUUCAGCUGCAGCUCCGCCCUCAUCCUGCACCGGAGGAUUCACACAGGCGAGAAGCCGUAUGAGUGCCACGAGUGUGGGAAGACCUUCAGCUGGAGCUCCACACUCACGCACCACCAGCGCAUCCACACUGGUGAGAAGCCCUAUGCAUGCAAUGAGUGUGGGAAAGCCUUCAGCAGGAGCUCCACGCUCAUCCACCACCAGAGAAUCCACACUGGAGAAAAACCUUAUGAAUGUAACGAGUGCGGCAAGGCCUUUAGCCAGAGCUCGCACCUCUACCAGCACCAGAGGAUCCACACUGGAGAGAAGCCCUAUGAAUGUAUGGAGUGUGGAGGGAAGUUUACCUACAGCUCAGGCCUUAUUCAGCAUCAGAGAAUCCACACAGGGGAGAAUCCCUAUGAAUGUAGCGAGUGUGGAAAAGCCUUCAGGUAUAGCUCAGCGCUUGUCCGCCAUCAGAGGAUUCACACUGGAGAGAAGCCUUUGAAUGGAAUGAGUCUGAGCAAAAAUUCUCUCGGGGUUCCUGCUGAAUUAAAUGUCUGAGCAUUUACACGAAAGAGCCACAAACCCGAUCACCCGCAAGGGCUCUGGCUCUAUCGACAACUUAGGGUGUGCCCUUCCGCCUCAUACCUUUCACUUCAGAGAAUGAAGGGGUGGGUUGGGAAAAUCUUGGCACACUGACUGGCAGAUGCCAGCCUUGAAAAGUUGUGAGACACAACAGAUUCAGGGCUGGGGAUGGAAGGAGGCUUGGGGACCAGCCACCCCUUUUUGGAAGGGUGUUUGCACUAAACCAUUUUUAUCACAUCACAGAAGCCUUCCUUUCCAAGGUAGGGAUGCAAACAUACUAGAAAGGAGAUUUCAAAGAUUCUACUAGUUGGAGUCAGUAGAGUGAGCACAAAAAGUGGAAAGAAUAUUCUGGGUCCUGAUUGCUAGGAAGGAGGAUAGAAGCUGGAUUUCAAAGCCAUUGUCCUCCAUCCAGCUUCAAGAUUUAGCAAGGAACAUGCUGCUUUGUUUUCUGAUUUGGCUAAUAGUACAAACUUGGUGCUGAGGGAUUUAAUUUAUUAAGAGGAAAAAAACCCAAAAGAUUUUUCUGUGAUCUGUGAUCUGCUCUUAGAGCAAGAAGACCCCAUUUCCAAGGGCAGUCUGGCAAUCCACGAGGCCCUCGUCCUUCCUGUGAUAGAGGAACUGAGGAGGAAGUUCUGUGCAGUGAAGAACUUGAGGAGGGAAGAGCUUGAGCUUUGGUCUUCCCUCUGUCCUUGCCUCCUGGUAUGAAAAGUGAUUCUAAUGGUAACCUCCUUACUAAGGAUGCUUU